AUGCAAGAUAAAGAUCUUGAUUAUGAACCACCUUAUGAUCCUUCCAUUGAUGAAGAAAAGUUGAAAGAACAAAUAGCAGCUUUGAACAGUUUUCUUGCUGCUUGUAGCAACGGAAAUUUUCGUCAAAUAAUGAGUGGCGUUUCAGAAGCAUAUCAUAAUUCUGAAUCUUGGCAAUCAAGACGAGAGAUUCUCUCAAUUGUUGCACCGAAAAUAACGUUAAAACUCAUUCAGUUAUUCAUACCAGGUUUAACUAGUGGCAGAUUUACUGCAGCACGUUUGCAUGCUAAAAAAUAUAGUCUCGGUUCCAGAGUUGAAGAAACAACAAAAGUUGUCCAACGGUUUGAUGAUCAUCAAGUCGCUCACUUUCUUGAUUUUAUUAUUUCACCUCAUGUGUGCACAGAUAUGCCCUUUGGUGAAAAAGUGUUGAAGUUAUCGUCUGGAAUUGAACUUUUCAUUCCAAACACGAUAAGAAAUAUGGGACCGACUCGUAUUAUCGAUCAGUAUCUUCUUUAUUGUGAAGAGAUGUGUUCAGAUUUUGAACCACUUGGCAAAAGUAGUCUGUUUACUAUUCUCGAUGCUUGUAAAGCGUCAACAAGAAAGUCUUUACAAGGUAUAAAUUACUUUGCAGCUGAAGCUGGAGAGGCAUUUGACGGCAUACGAAAAAUGAUUGAAGAUAAAGUCGCACUACAUAAUGAUAGUGCUCGACUUAUUGAGAAUUUGAAACGUGCUCGAUUUUAUUUAAAAUCUGAUUAUAAAGUGCACGUAGCGAGAUCGAGCAAUAUUGCUGAUCAUUGUUGCGUUUAUGCGUUGAGCGAUCCAGAAAAACGUGAUUUUGCUCAAGAUUGUGAUCAUGAGCACAAUGAAUCCUGUGCUGAAUGCUCAAAUCUAACGAGAACUCUAAAUGAAAUUGAACGACUUCUAGAAGAAACAGAAGAGGACGAAGAACUAUUACAUCGAACUUUAAAAAAGUUUCGGUCAUAUCGUGAAGCUAUUGAAGCAUGGAAGGCUCAUUUAUUAAGAUCCAUUAAUCAAGAUUUAUGUCGAGAAAAUUUACUCGAUAAACUAUCUAACGAUGAGAUUUAUCUCAAUCUUGAUUGGGCCAUGAAGUUUCUUCCUAUUAAAAGUCGAGAGCCACAAUCAGAAUUUUUUGGUAAACGAGGCAUCAGUUGGCAUAUUACUGUUGUAAUGAAAAAUGAUGCAAGUGCUGAAGACGAGAAUAGCAUAUUCGAUGAAGACACUGAUGUCUUAGACGAUAGUCAGCAAAUCACUAACGAGAUUUUGAAUGAAAGUCAAAUUCGAUCUUUUUUUGGCCGACUGAAGCGUGAAAGACAAAUAAGUGGUGUAGAACAAACAUCAACAGAUAAAUUAUCCGCCCAGAAGAAAAGUGUCAAAAGUUAUGACAAUGAAAAUGAUGAUCAGGAAGAGUUAGAAGACGAUUUUCAAGAGAACGAGGCUGCUAUUGAAGAGAUAAAAGUAUUUGAAAAUCUUUGGGCUAAUGCUAAAAGAGCGCUUGAAUCAUCUUCACAUGGAAUGGAUAAAAGAUAG